UCCUUUCCCUUGGCAGCGUGUUUCUGAUCCUCGAUUCCACCGAGAAGGGAUGGAAGAGAGCCGGAGCGUCCCGUCGGGAUCGGGCGCCGACCCGGUGCGCAGCUUCGAGCGCUGGAAGAACAGAUACGCCAAGCGCAAAGAUAAGCUGCGGCAGCGGCGUAAGCAAAAGAAACCGGAGUGGGAAGUGGAGAGGGAGACGAUCGCCGCCUUGGAAAAGCGCUUCUCGGAGAUAAAUACAAAUGAAGUUACAAGAUUUUCUGAUUUCCCAAUAUCCAGGAAAACUUUGAAAGGCUUACAGGAAGCUCAGUAUCGCAUGGUGACUGAAAUCCAGAAGCAGACCAUAGGUUUGGCCUUGCAGGGUAAAGAUGUUCUGGGAGCUGCCAAGACAGGAUCAGGCAAAACUUUGGCUUUCGUUGUACCUGCUCUAGAAAUUUUAUACCGACAGCAGUGGACUGCCAUGGAUGAAUUGGGUGUUUUGAUAAUAUCUCCUACCAGAGAAUUGGCUUACCAGACAUUUGAAGUCCUGCGUAAAGUCGGGAAGAAUCAUGAAUUUUCCGCAGGUCUAAUCAUUGGUGGGAAGGACUUGAAACAAGAAUCAAGCAAAAUCCAUAAUAUGAACAUCCUCAUUUGUACUCCUGGUCGUCUUUUACAACACAUGGAUGAAACCUCAUAUUUCCAUGCCUCUAAUCUUCAAAUGCUGAUCCUUGAUGAAGCUGAUAGAAUUCUAGACAUGGGCUUUGCUGAUUCCAUGAAUGCAAUUAUAGAGAACCUUCCAAAAAAACGGCAGACCCUGCUUUUCUCCGCUACGCAGACCAAAUCUGUGAAGGACCUUGCUCGGCUGAGCUUGAAGGAUCCAGAAUACAUCUGGGUGCAUGAAAAAGCAAAGUUCAGUACUCCAGCAACCUUGGAACAGAACUACAUUGUUUGUGAACUGUACCAGAAAGUCAAUAUGUUAUACUCUUUUCUGAGGAGUCACCUGAAUAAGAAGAGUAUUGUAUUUUUUGCAAGCUGUAAAGAGGUUCAGUAUUUGUUUAGAGUAUUUUGUCGCCUGCGUCCGGGUCUCCCUAUACUGGCUCUUCAUGGGAAACAGCAGCAGAUGAAAAGAAUGGAAGUUUACCACGAUUUUUUGCGCAAGAAAUCGGCAGUUCUUUUCGCUACGGAUCUUGCAGCUCGUGGGCUAGACUUCCCUGCUGUGAACUGGGUCAUUCAGGUUGACUGUCCAGAAGAUGCAAAUACAUAUAUUCACAGAGUUGGGAGAACAGCCAGGUACAAAGAAGGUGGUGAAGCUCUCCUCGUUUUGCUUCCUUCAGAGGAAAAUGGCAUGAUUCAGCAGCUGUCACAGAAGAAAGUUCCUGUCAGCAAUAUCAAAAUCAAUCCUGAGAAACUUUUAGAUGUCCAGAAGAAACUGCAGUCCUUAUUGGCUCAGGAUCAAGAUUUGAAAGAACGUGCACAACGGUGUUUUGUUUCUUACCUGCGAUCCGUCUACCUAAUGAAGAACAAAGAAGUAUUUGAUGUAUUAAAGUUACCCAUUGCUGAAUAUGCCCUCUCUCUUGGGCUUGCAGUGGCCCCUCGUGUACGAUUUCUCCAGAAAGUCCAGAAGAAACUGCAUACAACAGAGCCUGAAAAAGAGGGGACGGAGCAGGCUGAGGACACACAGUUUUCUUUAAGUGACGAGGACUUAGAGAAAUGCAGGAGAAUUUUCUCUAGAGCAGGCAUGUUGGAACAAAAAGAGACAGAGGGCCUCUCUGGGCAAAACAGCCCCAUUGAAGAAGCAUUGCAGAGUCUUUCUGAGCCAGAAGAGCCUGCAACAGUCCAUGAAUCAAAGCCUGAAAGUCUAAAUUUUUUCGAAGAUGAUGAUGGAGAUGAUGAUGAUGAUGAUGAUGCCUCCAAGGACGUGCUGAUUGUAAAACGGCGAAAUGUAUUUGGCUUAGAACCAGAAGAGAAAGCACCAUUGGUAACCCAGAAUGUAAAACCAAAGAAGAAAAUAACCAAAACAAAAGAAGCUAAAAAGGUUUUGAAGAGAAAUUUUAAAGUAAAUACAAAAAUUGUAUUUACCGAUGACGGAGAGUUAAUUCAGCAGUGGCCACCAGCACAAAAGUCUAUCCUGGACAAAGAGGAAGAUGGCGAUGAUUGCAAUGGGAUCAAUCUAGACAAAGCAAAAGAAAGACUUCAGGAAGAGGAUAAAUUUGACAAAGAGGAAUACAGGAAGAAAAUUAAAGAAAAACACAGGGAAAAAAGGCUUAAAGAAAAGGCAGCUAGAAGGGAAGCCAGGAAGAUGAAUGCAAAGAUUGAAGAGGACACUGUAGCUUUUCUGGAUCACAGUGACAGCGACGAGGACUUUGAUCCAAGUACACUUCCAGAUCCAGAUGGAUUCAAAGAUGACGAACAAGAAAUUCUUCCAAAAAGCCACAGCAAACGUGGAACGGAUAAGCGGCGUUUGGAUGGAAGCAAAUCAGCAGUGGAAACACCACAGAAGAGGAAGAAGAUGAAAGUUAACCAAGAGGACUCUUUUCUACCAUUAGAUACAGGUCUUUCCCUCGCAGAAGAUGAAGCAUUAGUAUUACAGUUGCUCAACAAUUAAACCUCUUGUUUCCCCCUUGGCAAUGUUAUUCCAGUUAUUUUUGUCUUUAUUAAACAAAGACAAGGAUAGAUGAAUGCCAAAAAAUAUUCAUGUAUUAACAUCUGAAAGUAUAGAUUCUCUGAUGGGUACCUCAUGGCUACUUUAGUUCAUAGGUGUACUCUGUUAUGAAAGUUGUAAAUGUCUUUAUCUGUCAGAUCUUUCAGUAGUUAUUUUUUUCUAAGAUGCCAGAAGUUUUUAAAAAUAUAUAUAUAUAAUAAUUCUUUGUACAGAAAGCUUUGAGUAAUCCAGAAAGAUAAAUCCUUCCCAUCUUGGGGUACGUUUUAUGAGGUAAAAUGACCAAAAUUGAGUGGAUACCCAUAAAAUAUUUUAAAUAUUUAUAUAACAAUACUUUUUUUCUCCAAAAUAAGAAAAGGUUUGACUUCCAACUUUCCUUAAAGCAUUUACUUGAUAUUCUCAAUGUUGAUAUAAAUUCUCCAUGCUUUAGCUUUCUAGUCCAGUAUCAAUAAAUCAAAAUAC